AAAAGUGAGUUCCAAAUUUUGGAUUUUAUUUCUAAAAUUGUUGAAAUCUUUGUUGUGUUUUCUUAUCUUACAAGAAAAUUUGUCAAAAAAAUAGUAAUAAAUUAAGUGCGUACAUGGAUAAAAAUUAAAAUAAUGGGUACAAAUGGCAAUGGCCGCCGAGGCGGUACCAAUAUUCCCGACGUCCGACGUCCAAUGGAGGAAGGCGAUUGUGUUAAUGAUAUGGAAAGUCCUGAAUUAGAUUUUGUUUACGAUGACUGCGAUACCCAAGCAAAUGAAAUUGCGGAAUUAUACAGCUACACAGAACAUCCUGAGUUCCAACUCAAUGUAAAAGCGUUCGAAGACAUAAUGGAGGAAUUUAGUUUUCCCCCUAGCUGGCAACGGCUAUCGACACAGCAACAACGUACUGUUGUGAUGAAGUUGUUAGAGCAUUUGGACAUAGCAGUGAGUGAAAUCCGAAUGAGAGCUACUCGCUGCAUACUGUAUCUAGCUCAAGGGUGCUGGGCAGAGAUGCAAUCGGACGCUGAACAGGCGCAUUGGGCGCGGAUAAAUAUUAUGAUGCUGUAUGAUAUGGGUACAUUCAGUGCCUUUGUUGAGCUACUGAAUCUUGAGAUUGUGAGAAGCAAUACAGUGGUGGCAUCCCGAAAACUUGCCGAAUCACUAGCAGACUCUACCAAUUUAAGAGUUAUUCUUUCUGUUCUUUAUCUAAUAACUGAGCACAUGAGAACAGAGAAAGAAAAUCCUAAGUCAGAAUAUGCUCAUUUGGUUAAAAUGUUUAAGGAGGAAUUGGGGACACCAUUUGGUGAAGAACUCCUGCCAAUAAAACUUCUAAGUAUGGUGCAUCAGCUCUCUGUAGGCACAUCUCCACAUUUUCCAAUAAAAAAAGUUUUACUAUUACUUUGGAAAAUUCUUUUGGUCUAUUUGGGAGGCUCCAAAGAGCUUAAAGAGAGAAAAGCAAGGCUACGUGAGAAGUACGGCCUGCCACCUAUUAGUGAAGACACUCUUGAAAUAAUAAAAGGAAUGAGAUCCAGUUCACCCCCACCCAGCGCUACAGACAUGCUGGAGAAUCAAAAUCCUGGACAAAGAAAAGUCAAAGACAGCAGAAGAGUUUUACAAAGACAAAUGUUCAUGAAGCAGACAUCCUUUGAAGAGGCAGAUGAACAACUGUGCUAUGCAGAUAAGGAGGAAGGCAACAAUGGAUCUGAGGAUUAUUCUAUGGAAUUCCAAUCUGCACCAGAGGGUGCCCAAACUCCAAAUCCAGCGGAUCCUAACUGCCCCUAUGACAUUUACAUCAAACAGUUUGAUAGUCCACCACCUCCUCCCCCACUUCCUAGAAGUCUACCCUGGAAGUCAAAAGUUCGACAAAAAGAUAUUGACAUGUUUCUAGAUAAUGUAAGAAUCAAAUUUGUUGGAUACUCAUUACCUGGGGACCGUCAGACUAUUGCCGGUCUGCCUCAACCCAUCCACGAAGGAAUAGAAAUAUUAAAAAAGCAUAUGUACACUAGCUUGUCAGAAAUACAAGUAGAAAGAGAAAUAGAAAUUGCCAGAAGCCCUCUGACCAAGGGUGAAAAGGAAGUCGAAGAAACUGAGGUAGAAAUUUUGUACAAGGCGAUGAUACCAAAUUUGCCUCAAUAUAUGAUUGCUCUUUUGAAGAUACUUUUAGCAGCUGCACCAACGUCCACUGCAAAAACAUAUUCAAUGAAUAUCAUGGCAGAUUUGCUGCCCGAAGAAAUGCCCAUGACUGUGUUGCAGUCCCUCAAACUUGGAAUUGAUGUAAACAGGCAUAAAGAAAUCAUUGUAAAAGCAGUGACUGCUAUACUAUUGCUGCUAUUAAAGCAUUUCAAACUCAGUCAUGUCUACAAGUUUGAAUACAUGUCUCAACAGCUUGUUUUUGCUAAUUGCAUGCCAUUAGUUUUGAAGUUUUUCAACCAGAAUAUAUUGUCAUAUGUCGGAGCAAAGAACACUAUACCAAUCUUUGACUUUCCAGCAUGUGUCAUAGGAGAGCAGCCAGAGUUGACUAAAGAAUGCUUGGAUAUAGGAGACUCAUCAGUCCCAUAUUCAUGGAGGAAUGUAUUUUCGUGCAUAAAUCUCUUAAGAAUUUUAAACAAAUUGACAAAAUGGAAGAAUGCUAGAAUAAUGAUGCUAGUUGUAUUCAAAAGUGCGCCGAUUUUAAAGCGUACACUCAAAGUAAGACAUGCUUUAAUGCAAUUUUAUGUGCUCAAGCUCCUGAAAAUGCAAACCAAGUAUUUGGGAAGACAGUGGAGGAAAACUAACAUGAAAACCAUCAGUGCAAUUUAUUCAAAAGUUCGCCACAGGCUUAAUGAUGAUUGGGCAUUUGGAAAUGAUGUUGAUGCCAGGCCCUGGGAUUUCCAGGAUGAGGAGUGUGCAUUGAGAGUGAGUGUAGAUCGUUUUAAUAGCCGCAGAUAUGGUAAUGGUUGUGACCAAGAUAUUGAAUUGAUACCUGUUGACACAGACAUAAAUAGUGUGCUAGACACCAAUAUUGAGUUAGAUGAAGAAUUCAAAGAUAACUAUGAACUUUGGCUAGAACGAGAAGUUUAUAACAAUGAAAUUAACUGGGAUAUAUUAAUUUCAACCUAAAAAGUUUUAAAAAUCUCAAAAUUUACAACAUAUUAAUUCAUGUAUGGUAAUAUUGUAUUUUACAAAAAAAGAAUUUAUUAAUUAUAUUGACUAGAAGUAGUUGUAAUCCUGAUUUUACUUCUCUAUGAGGGCAAUACCUCUUAUCCUUCAGGUCCUGAGGAAAGAAACCUCUGAAAGGACUCUAGCUCUACUAUUUGUAUGAAAUUUGUUUUUUUUAAUAAUGGAAUAGCAAGACAGAUAAUUAUAAAUAAUUAUUAAGGUUUCCAUUUUUGGGUUGCAAAUUGCA